GAGAAAUCUGGGUAGGUUGGGGCGCUACGCAAUCCGACGCAUGAUCGGACGCGGUGGGGCGUUGGGACGCCUCCGGGAGCAGGGUUUGGGCGUUUUGACGCCAUGAGCGAUGUGUGGCCAAGUAUCGACCCUGUUUUGAUCACUUCUUUGCAGCAGUUGUUUAAGACACCGUUGCAGUUACAAGCAGCUUUUGAUAGUGAAGAAGAUUGCUACACUUUGUUGACUGGUCAUUUCCCGGACUUGAUCGAUGAGGACGUCAGGAACGCUUCUGCAGAAAUGAUCAGGCGCCCUGCUGAGAUGUACACGGUUGCAAUGAUUGUUGCACUUGAAUUGACAGUUGAGGAUGAGUUUGAAACGAUUUUUGCACGGGCAUUGGCUUGGGUCGUUUUAGUCAUGGUUUGGGGGGCGUUGCGCUGUGAUGACAUUCAGUCUGUUCUCCCGCAUCGGUCGCAUUUUUCGAGAUUCGGAUUGAGACUGCUGCUUGGCAAAACCAAGACUACGGGCCCGGACAAACCUCAGAAAGAAGUCAUUGCACAUGUUCACAGGACCAUCUCUCUCUCAGGGGUUGACUGGCUUGAAAUCGGGCAUGACAUUUGGAAGUCCGAUGCCUUUUCAUACAGACGUGAUUAUUUGGUAAUGGAGCCCAGAAAGGAUUGGGAAGGCGUUCGCAGGAAGUUCGUUCCGCCCUCAGAGCUUAGUUCAUUGAUUCGCAAGUUGCUGAGCUCUUUGCGUGUUCCAACCUUUCGCAACUCACGAUGGGAACUGGCUCCCACACAAUUGCUCUUGCCUGACGGUCUUGAGAUGCACUUCUCAGGGCACAGCCCACGGAAUUUCUUGACCUCGGUUGCUGCUCUUCUUGGAUUCAGCAAGGACAUGAGGGCCUAUUUGGGUCGUUGGAGCAUUGGGAUGACUUCAUCAGAAGAGUACGUGAGGACUGCAAGGCAAGUGGUUUAUAAGAUUCAGAAAGCUGUCAAUCGCUCCAUUGUUGAGGGUAGGGACGAUGAGUAUUUUGAAGAUGAGGCAAUUGAGAGUGUAUGCAAGGCUGCUGAGGCCAGUGGGGCCAACCCGAAUCGUAUUCGAAGGAGGCAUACGAUCAUGAACACCUUGUCAGGUCACAAUUGUCUCGGUCAGGUUUUUCCCACCAUCACAUUGGCGGAGGAUGAUGGGCAGGUGGUUACUGAAACGGAUCAAGAUGUGGAUCCACUGCUUCUUGAGGAGGAUGCUCGGUCGAUGUUGGCAGCGACCUCAAAGUCACGUGAGGCGGCUGAAGCAUCGAAGUACUUCAUUACGGUUUGGACCUUUCAUUUUCAGUUGUUCGGACAACUGCGGGCAAAGGGUUUUGACCGCCCGGAAUCGAUCGAAGCUAUGGCUAUGGAUGAAGCUGAACAGAAGCGAUAUGUGGCUGAGCAUAUGGACUCGGACCUGCAGUUUGUAUUGACAGACUCAGGGGUUUUCUUGGAACAUCAGGUCACCAUUGCACGCCACUAUGGGAGCAUGAGAAAGUUUCGUGCGGUUGGUGAUACACGGGCAGAGGUUCGGCGUUCGUGUCUCACUGACUUUGCUAUCCCUCAGGACACGCCAGAAAACCGUGCUCAGGCGGCAGCAAUAGUGUCAUCUUGGGAGGUGGCGCAGGAAUAUAUUGCUAAAGAAGUUGAGGUUCGCGCUGAGGCAAAAGUACUUGGACAGCCUAGAUCUCUUCAGGUUCAUGAAAGGCAGGCCAUGAUCAAAGCAGUUGAACAAGUCUAUGGUGUGCUCCAAGAGGCUGAAGCGCCGUUGUCGGAUUACCUUUCUGUGAAAGCUGAGGAGACAGAAUCGAAUGAGCCACAGGCGGCACCACUGGACGAGGUGACGAGCAAAAGGGAUUCAACGACUUCAGGAAUGCAGAGUGGUUUGGACAGCACGGGUCACAUCCGCAUCACUCGCACAAAGACCAAGGCUCGGCUUCCAUCUUCGACAGAGGAUUAUCGAAGGGUGAUGAAGGUAGAGAUGAAUGCAUGGUUGUGCAUGGCAGCUCGGUAUCGGGCCAAGUCAUGGCUGCAUGGACUCACUCCUGAUCCUUUCAAUCGUUUUGUUGACUAUAUUCUUGGGGAGAAGGUGUACAACAUACAGAUUCCUUCACUUCAGGGCGAGGGAUCACAACGAGUCAAGCCGGACUGGAGUAUCAUCCUGGGGUAUGAGCACAAGUUGCGCAAAGAAGCAUUCAAACUUGUUGUGAGGGAUGGUCAUACUCUUGCAGAUGCAUUGCACCUGGUCAUCCGUGACGCUGACCUCAAAGAGACCUAUUUCACCACACCGGGUGAUGGCAAGUGCAAUCGGGUCCAUCAGUGUCGUGUGAAAGGGUGCUAUGGCGACCACCCCGCCAUUAAGCACAAGGAGGACUCUCGUUGCCACAAGGGCUUUCCCCAGUUCGAUUCCACCUUUCGGUACUUAGGCCCCUUGCCCAAGUCCUGCGGACAUGUUCAUGCUGACAAGUUGGUUGGCAAGCAGAACAACCAAUGGAAGACAGGUCCAAGUGCUGCAUAUCCACCUGGCAUGUGUGCGUUCAUUGCAGAUGCUAUUUUCACCGCUUGCGCUGCCUCCGGAGGGGGGUCCGAAAAUAGAACCCCUAAGGUAGGCAAUGUCCAGAGCAAUCCCAAGGGCUUGCCUGAAUCGGCACAGUGCAAUUCGGUUCAGUGCAAUUCCAACCAAACCCACACAGCGGUUGAUUCAGGUGACCCUUCGUCUAGGUCUCAGGACAAUAGCCCAGUGACUGCCGCUGGAAGCGAUGACUGUGUCUUUAGGAUGGAUGCGUGCUUGAAGUCGGGCCACCCGAUCAAAGUCGAGUGGGACGGUUUGGAACGUGACUUCAUUGAUGGGUUCGGACUGUGCUCGCCUACACGGUGGCCACCUUUAUCCCGGGGAGUGCGCCGCACUUCAGAAAUGAAAGGUUUGGCCGCUGCGACUUUCGAGCUCCUUUCCAAUGUGGUGCACGAAUGCAUUCCUGACUUGAGGCUGGCUGCAUUCGAGCUGGUAACAGGCAAGUUUCAGGGCUCUCCAUUCUCUGACGAUGUUCUCAAAGAGUUGAGGCAACGUUGGGCGAACCUCUUGAGGGAUCCAAUAGAUGCUUUAGACCCUGACGGUUGGUGGUUGGUGGAUGCUGAAGACAGCUUCGCUUCUGGUGUGCCUUUGGGGGUGGAUGCGCCUCUCCCGAGGUCCCCUCAGGUGUAUCCCGAGAAGGUAAGGCAUAGAAAAUUGGACGAGUCUGACUUUAAUCCGAUUGCUUUUAACUAUCUCUCUGCACAGGUCUCUGCCGCAGAGCUCGAGGCUAAGUUUAGAGAAGAAGAACAGCUGGGCCGAAUGUUUCCCACGAGGCUCUCUGUUUUGAAAGAGCAGUUUGGCGAAGAUCGCAUUCGAAUCGCAUCGAUGGCAGCGAUUUCAAAACCAGACGGUUCGGUCAGACCUCUCCACGACGGGACUCACUCGGUUAGGGUGAAUAACUGCAUUGUUUACCAAGAUCAGAUUCAGUGCCCGGGGCCGCCGGAAGUCGCGGCAGUGGUCCGUGAGUCACAUGAAUCUCGCGAGGCCCCCUUUUGUGUUUCUGCCGACAUCAAAUCCGCACAUCGUUUGGUCAAGGUACGGAAAAAGGACUGGACGUACAUGGCUUGCAAGGCGGACUCCAAUUCUCCCACGGUAUGGGUGAACCGCGUGGGCACCUUUGGGAUUUCGAGCGCUCCGUACUGGUGGGCGAAGCUGUUCGCAUUGAUAGGGAGGUUUGUAGGGCAUCUCAUGGGCAACGCAUGGUUCAUGCACCUCGUUUACGUGGAUGACUUGCAUGGCUCGUUCACGGGACGAUCUAAAUUUCAGCACCUCUGGAUUUGGAUCCUGGCUUUUGAGCUGAUCGGCACUCCUUUCGCAUAUCAUAAAUUUCGUGGUGGCAUUUCGUCCGAAUUUGUAGGCUAUCAAAUGAGGUAUGAUUUGACGGAGGUAGGCAUUUCAGUAAGGCGAGGUGAAUGGCUCACCAAGUGGAUUGAGUCAGCGGCUGAGAAGAGGUUCGUUGUCGUGACACGUGACUUUGCAGAAUUUUUAGGCAGGCUGGGAUUUGUUUCCCAGUUGCUUGUUUGGCUAAAGCCUCACCUUUCUCCACUGUUUGCAUGGUCAGCGGCAACGGCUGCAAGCACGGUUGCAAAGCUUCCUGAAGUUGUCAUCCUCACUUUGAGAUAUCUCCAAGCUGAGUUUCGGGCAGAGUCAUACAUGGUUUCUGCGCGGAGGCCUCAUUACUUCUCAGGUGAACAGUUUCGCACUGACGCUAAAUGUACUCCUGACAGUGUUGUUCUUGGCGGAUGGGAACUGACAACGGGGAGGUGGUUCCAGAUUGUACUGGAUGAGACCGCGGCCCCAUAUCUCUUCCAACCUGGGAAAGGGGCUCAGUGGGCUUCCACUUCGGCCGAGCUCUUAGCCACGAUGGCUGCCAUGGUUGCCUUCGGGUGGACGGGCGAGUCUAGGUCUAGGAAGUCUCUUGAGAUUUGUUUGACUGCUGGGACGGAUAAUAAGAGUAACGAAUUUCUUUCGCAGAAACGGUCGACGACCAAGAUUCCACUGAUGUUGAUCAACAUGCAGCUUUCUUCGAUACUCUCCCGGGCGAGGGUCUCGGCCAGACUGAGAUGGCGCCCGAGAGAAGAGAACACGAUUGCUGAUGACAUCACAAAUUCGGUUUUUGACCAGGUUGAUCGUUCGAAAAAGGUUGAGAUUGGUUAUUCCGACCUUCCCACACAGAUCAUACAUUCUCUGUAUGAAGCAAAGGCUGAGUUCGACAAGGCUAGGGAAGUGCACAGGGCCGCAGCCAAAGCGCAGGCUGCUUCUGGUCUCGGGACCAAACGUAAAAGG